UAACCCCAAUUCUCCUUCUCAUCAACGAGAGCGUAAUAGCUUAUCCCUGUUCGCCACUUGUCUUUCGUCUUCCUAUUCCGUUUCUGCGCUUCGUCAUUCUUCCCUAAUCUCGCACCGCACAGACUAAGAUUUCGAAUCUCUCCCCGGAACCGCACUCAAAACCUUCAAAUUGGGCGCUAACUCUAGGGCUUGCUCAAGUAGCAGUUUGUUUGGCAUAACAACGAGUUUCUCGCAUCAGAAACUGAGGCUGCGUGAAUAUGGGGGACGUGGAGCAAGGGAAGGAAAAUAACGUGGAAUCUAUGAUAGAGCAGCUUGCUCAGGCAUUUCUUGAAUUGGAAGCUCGAAAGGGGGCUUCUGAGGAUAAGAUUCAGUGGGUUGAAAUUAAGCAACAUUUCCUUGACCUUGAGACGGCGUUGACUAAGAAACAUGAAGAACUGGAAGCCAGGGAGAGGGAGUAUGAACAGAAACAAUCAGAAAUGAAUACACUACUUGCAGAGAGAAAGGAAGAGGUUGCUAGGAAAGAGCAAGACCUUUUAGAUUGGUUGCAGGAGCUUAAAGAUGCAGCUGUAGCUUCCAUCGCUGAGGCUCAUGCAAAUAACCAUACUGGCACUAUGGAGUCUGUAUAUGAGGGGGAGAGCAAAGAUAACAAGGUAAGCAACUCUCUUGACGAUACAAAUUCCAUUGAGGAGGACCCUGAGGAGGAACCUGAGGAGGAUUUUCCUCAUAAAUCAGGUGAAAAGUCUGAGGGUGUGGCCGCUGAGAUUAGGCCACAUCCGGAGCUGACACUUUUAAUCGAGCUAAUGGAUGCCAAAGGUCUUCUGAAUUAUAUUGCGGAGAAUAAAAAAAAUCUGUCUGUUAUUCGUGAAGAAAUCUCUGUUGCAUUAGAAAGUGCAACUACUCCAGCACUCUUGGUGCUGGAUUCAUUGGAGGGGUUUUACCCCACCAAUGAAACUGCCCAACUAAACGACAAAAAGGAUGCUGCCCUUCAGGGCAUGCGCAAAUCCUGUGUUUUACUUUUGGAAGCCAUGGCCACUCUAUUGGCAAAGGCUGACCCAGGUGCAGAUCACAUUCUGAACCCUGAAACCAAGCAGCAAGCCAAAGCAAUUGCUGAUGAGUGGAGGCCCAAGUUAGCUAGUACAGACAUUGAUGCUGCCAAUGGACAUUCAUUGGAAGCAGAGGCGUUCUUGCAACUCGUUUCAACUUUUAGGAUUGCUUCAGAGUUUGAUGAAGAAGAACUCUGCAAGCUUGUACUUGCAAUUGCUCAGCUUAGGAAGGCACCUGAGCUCUGCCGCUCAACUGGGUUAAUUCACAAAGUGCCAGCUGUUGUUGAGUUAUUAGUCAAUAACGAGGAACAAAUCGCAGCUAUACAUUUUAUUCAAGCCUUUCAGCUUCAAGAAAGUUUCCCUCCUGUGCCUCUUCUGAGGUUAUACCUCAAGAACCGAAGGAGAAAUGUCCAAGUAAAGACUAGAAGCGUGCCUGAUAUUGCUAGUGCAAAGAAUGACGCCAAUGCAAAAGAGCUUGCAGCUGUGAAAGCCGUCAUAAGUUGUAUUGAAGAGUACAACUUCGAAUCUGACUACCCUCUUGAUACACUUCACAAAAGGGUUUAUCAACUAGAGCAAUCAAAGGGAGGAGAUAGAAAGAGAGGUGGAGAGUUUAGUAAACGUCCGCAGCAGUCAAAGAGGCCAAGGCCUAGUGAGAGGCAAAGGCCUAAUGAGAGAUAUUUUCAACGCCGUUCAUCUGGUGGAAGUGCUGCUUCAGCCGGUGUUAUGGGUAGGCAGGUUCUUCCUGUUAGGGCAGCUUAUGCAGGAACUGCUGAUAUAUAUCAUCACGGUGGCCACUAUCAAGUUCCUGGCCCAGCUAUAUACACUCCACCAGCUAAUGUUCCUCCUUCCAACUAUGGUCAUUAUGUAGGUAGUAGUAGUUUGCAAUCCUCGCACCUGCCAUACAUGUGAUUGUUUACAUCUUACUGAAUAGACCAUAUACAUGAGAAUGACCAACCCUAGUGGUUCUACCUUUGCUUUUGAAGAUGUUCCUUAUUUAUUUGGUUUUCUUUUUGUGUAUUAUGACUUCUGCUAAAUCCAAUUAUGACUUGUUUUAAAUUAA